AUGAGGUCUUUUCAUGCAUUUUUGCUCCUCUUGAUCACAUCUUAUGGCGUUUUUGAAUCAGUUCCAGCUCAAGAUCAGUCAGAAUUCAUCAGUUUGGCUUGUGGGCUGGUCCCUACGAACGAAACUUUUACGGAGAGGACGACGAAUAUAACAUACAAAUCAGAUGCGAGUUACAUCGAUAAUGGAUUCGUCGGGAGUAUCAAUGAUGUAUACAAAUCGACUUUACAGCAACAGGCUUGGAACUUAAGAAGCUUCCCUGAAGGUGAAAGAAACUGUUACAACUUCAACCUCACAGCUGACCGCAAAUAUCUGAUCAGAGGAACCUUUCUGUAUGGGAACUAUGACGGUCGGAGUCAACUCCCAAGCUUUGAUCUUCACAUUGGUCCUAAUAAAUGGACUCCUGUUAAAUUGGGAGGAGUAGCAACUCUUUCGUUCCACGAGAUGAUCCAUGUCUUAACACAAGACCGUCUUCAAGUUUGUCUUGUUAAGACAGGAGAAACGACACCGUUUAUUUCCUCCUUGGAACUUCGUCGGUUGCCCAGAGGAAUGUACCCGCAAAGCGGUAGAUCGUUGAUUUUAUUCGGAAGAAUCUACUAUCCACCCACUUUAUUGGCCGUCAGGUAUGAUGAAGACAUCCAUGACCGAGUAUGGGUUCCAGAUUUUAACAGCACCGACCAAAGAAGGUCUAUAAGUACUGACCUUUUCGUCAAUACAAGUACUUAUUCCUACGAUGUGCCACAAGUUGUGGCUAAGAGUGCUUGUGUGCCUGCAAAUGAUAGCCAGCCUCUGACAUUUUAUUUGAAAUUCAACGACACCAAUGCACUGUUAUAUGUAUACAUGCAUUUCGCUGAAAUCCAGAAUCUUGAAGCUGAUGAGAUCAGAGAAUUCAACAUUUCUUAUAACGGUGGCCAAAGAUUUAUGUCGAACUUUAGGCCUCCAAAGUUCAGCAUAAAAACUCUAUCCAAUCCACAACUUGUAAGUUCUCUAGAUGGGAACUUUAAUUUGACCUUCAAGAGGACCCGUAACUCGACUCGUCCUCCUCUUAUCAAUGCCUUCGAGGUUUAUCAAGUCUUAAAACUUCCACUGCUCGACACAGACCAAGAUGAAGCUUCUGCUAUGGUAAACAUCAAGACAAGUUAUGAGUUAAACAAAAAGAUUAGCUGGCAAGGAGAUCCAUGUGCUCCUGAGUUAUAUCGGUGGGAAGGUUUAAACUGCAGUUAUAUAGACUCUGAGUCACCUCGGAUCCUAACCUUGAACUUGACAGAGAACCAGUUGACUGGUACCAUAACACCUGAAAUUUCCAAGCUAACACAGUUGAUAGAGCUAGAUUUAUCAAAUAACGACUUAUCAGGAGAUAUUCCAGAUUUUCUUGCUGAUAUGAAGUCGUUGAAACUCAUAAAAUUAAAUGGAAAUCCGAAUCUUAACACCAUAAUUCCAGAAUCUCUUCAGAGAAGGUUAAAGAGAAAUUCUUUGACACUGAUUUUGAGAGAAACUCCAAGAAAAGAGAAUGAAAAGGUUCCAGUGGUUGCUAUUGCAGUGUCAGUGGCUGUGGUGCUGACACUGACACUGAUAGUCAUCUUUUUCGUCGUUAGAAGGAAAAAAAGGAAAAUUAAAAAUGGGACAAGGUCAUCCAAUCAAACAAUCAUAACAAAGGACCUCAGGAUCACAACUGCUGUGAAAAUGCUCUCUCGUUCAUCAGCUCAAGGUUAUAAAGAAUUCAAAGCAGAGGUUGAACUCCUUUCCAGAGUUCAUCACAGACAUCUGGUGGGACUUGUUGGGUACUGCAAUGAUGGAGAGAACUUGGCUCUCAUCUAUGAAUACAUGGCAAAUGGAGACCUCAAGGAGAAUAUGUCAGGAAAAUGUGGUGGGAAUAUCCUAAGCUGGGAAUCUAGAAUGCAAGUAGCUGUAGAAGCAGCCCAAGGAUUGGAGUAUCUGCACAAUGGAUGUGAGCCUCCUAUGGUACAUAGAGAUGUGAAAACCAGCAACAUCUUAUUGAAUGAGCGGUCUCAAGCGAAACUAGCCGACUUUGGGCUAUCGAGAUCUUUCGCAAUCGAUGGCCAAGGUCAUGUCUCGACAGCGGUGGCGGGCACACCUGGUUACCUAGACCCUGAGUAUUACAGAACAAACUGGCUAAGUGAGACGAGUGACGUGUACAGCUUCGGUGUUGUGCUGUUAGAGAUCAUCACAAACCAGCCCGUGAUAGAUAAAAACAGAGAGGAACCUCACAUAACAGAAUGGGUUGGUUUCAAGCUCACAAAUGGAGACAUCAGGAGUAUUGUGGACCCGGAACUGAAGGAUGAUUAUGAUACAAACGGUGCGUGGAAGGUUGUGGAGCUGGCUCUGGCUUGUGUAAACCCGUCUUCGAACCGGAGACCAACAAUGGCACACGUUGUGACCGAGCUAAACGAGUGUGUGGCCUUGGAAGUUGCAAGGAGACAAGGUAGUGAAAAGAUGAACUCAUUGGGCUCAUUUAAAAUCAGUCUCUCUUCUGCUUCUGAUUUUGCCCCUGGAGCCAGAUAA